UGCAAACCACCUCUCAGUACAGUUAGCUUCCAGGCAGGAUUUAGCUUGCAAUGAAAUACCUAAAUUUGAACCACACUUAAAAUUGAAAUAUGUGCUAUGUGCUAGAAUACUUAGAGAACGUCAGCUUUUACUAACUUACUUUUAUUAACCUAAGGAGUUUACCAGAACGAAGGCUGUGUCAAGCUGAAUAGUUUGCAAAGGAGAUACUUCAGAUAUUUUAGACUACAAGUCAGUAAACUUUGCUUACGUAGCUGGCUCCAUUCAUUCUGUGAAGCCAAUCACCACCCUGCGGUGGCUGAUAAGAAUUUAACAGCUUGAGAAGGUGGAGUGUCAGCAUCCUUAGUGCUUAAUACAUUCCCAGGCAUAUCAGUAAGUUCUGCCCAUCACCCAUGCUGGAAGCUGUUUGGAAAAGAAGAAAUAGAAACUGGGGAAGGGAAACGAUGCAUCAUCAUCCUGGCUGGAACGUACAGAAGACUUCAUGCAGUUUUCAUCAUGUGGAUUCACUAGAGAAAUGACCACCUUUGAUCAGCAAAGUAAAAUCAAAAACUUGUUUAUUUGCUGCCUGUGCCCCCCACGGGUGCUAAGGCUCUGGACUUGCAGGCGCCCAAGGACAAGAAGGAAUCUGCUAGUGGGCAUUGCGUGUGUGAUCUACCUGGGAUUCCUCAUCAGUCAGGUGGGUCACGUUUUACCCCAGCACAAAGGAGGACACCGAAAGAUUAGCUCCAGAAGUCUCCAAGAUGCAGCCCAAACUCCUUUUCUGGGCAUCCCACUGGAUGGCACCCUGUCACCACCCAAUUUCCAAGAGCCCCACCGUGGUGGCAAUGGGACCCUGCUGCCACCCAAUGUCGUUUACAUCACCCUGCGGUCCAAGCGCAGUAAGCCUGCCAAUAUCAGAGGCACGGUGAAGCCAAAGCGCAGGAAGAAACAUGCAACCCCUUUGUCAUAUGAGCAGCACUUUCAAAAAACCGCUUUUAUGGGUCGUGAAGAGGCCUUCGCCCAACAGCUGGGGCGGGCAAUGGGAGCAGCAAUAUCUCUGGAGGCAAGAAAGCACCAACUGAAUGAACGCAGGAAUAAAGAAAUGGCAGUCAGGGAGAGGGCUAACCGGAGACCUGGGGGAAUUUUUGGAGGAAUUCAAGCACAGCCCCAGCCUGGGGAAAGCAAUAUAAGGAUUUACAGUGAGAGUUCUCCCUCUUGGCUGAGUAAAGAUGACAUCCAAAAUAUGCGCAUGCUGGCAGAUUCUCAGAUAGAGAGCAUCCAAGAAGUACCUUCUCACAAAGCAGUCCUGGCAAUAUUUGUGAGGGGUACAAGCGCUACAGGAACUCCUUGUAACCAUGGGCACUGUGGCAUUGUCAAAAGACCCCUUGACAUGAGUGAGGUAUUUGCCUUUCAUUUGGACAGGAUCUUGGGGCUGAACAGGAGCUUACCUUCAGUAAGCAGAAGAUCGGAAUUCUUCCAAGAUGGUCAAGCCUGUCCUGUUAUUCUCUGGGAUUCUUCACUGAGUCCAACAGAUAAUAAUACCCAUUCUUCAGUGAGAUUAACCUGGGGAAAAUAUCAGCAGCUGUUGAAACAGAAAUGCUGGCAGAAUGGUAAAGUUCCCAAAGCUGAGUGGGGCUGUACUGAAAUCCAUCAUUAUGAGUGGUCCAAGAUGGCACUGUUUGAUUUUCUUCUACAGAUCUAUAAUCGACUGGACAGAAACUGUUGUGGAUUCAAACCUCUCAAGGAGGAUUCCUGCAUGCAGCAAGGACUGAAGCUGAAAUGUGGCGAUCAGGAUGCUGUUGACCUAACACACAUAGUUCAGAGAAGGCAUGACCAAAGGCACUUGGUCUUUAUAAAUAAUAAGGGUUUCUUUGACAGAAACGAGGACAAUCUUGACUUCAAAAUACUGCAAGGAAUCAAUGAAUUCCCUGAAUCUGCAGUUUCAGUGCUGAGGAGCCAGCGCUUACGUGAGAAGCUGCUUCAGUCUUUGUUCCUUGACAAAAUAUACUGGGAGAGCCAAGGAGGCAGAAAAGGAAUUGAAAAACUUAUUGAUGUAAUAGAAAGGAGGUCCAAAAUUCUUCUUACUUAUAUAAAUGCACAUGGAGCCAGAGUGUUGCCCAUGAAUGAAUGAAGCCGUCUUCUUUCUAUGUGAGAGACAGUCCUUAAAAAAAAUCUGUGAGGCAAAAACUGACAGUAAAAUUGACUUAGUUCAUAGGCUUAUUUAAUUUUAUUUUUCCAAACUUUCAAGUUAAUUUUUAAAUAAAAUUUUUUUAUGGUUUAAAAGCAACGUUUAAUUUAAACAAUGUCAUCUGCAGCUCAACACAGUUCAGUCUCUCCUACAUCAUUAAAUUAAGUGAAAUUAAAUGAAAAAGAACCAAAUGGUACAAUAAAUAAUGUAGUAAUAGGUAGGUACCAUGAACACUUCUUCUGUUAAAGUGAAAAUUAGCAACAGGAUUAUUCCGCACAAUAGCCUGGAUUACUCUUGCUUCUCUCAUUCAGGUCAGUAAAAAUUUUAUUGCAAAUUUAAAUGGGAACAGAGAUUUGUAAGUGCUUAAUAUAUUGGUGAAAACUGUCAUCACGUCUACCUGCUGAAACGUAUCUAGUAGAGGAAAUUGUUAUUUUGAUUAUGAAUACUAAAAUGUUGACAUUUCCAAAGGCUUAUUUAGUUUUAUUUUAUUUUUAUCUUUUGAAAUCUGAGAACUAAAUGCAGCUCUUAUAAAUGCAGAGAUGUUUGCCCUGGACACAAGGGAACUUUAAAAAUGGAGUGAGGAGAACAUGGCUUUAAUAAUAAUAAUUAUUAAGUUGACAAAUAGAGCUUUUACCUGUCCAAUAUGGAGUACAGUUUGUCAUGAGUUACUCAUCACAAUGUUCUGUUUUCCGUACAGAUUGUUUUGAUAUGUGUGUGGAUGAUCUGAUAUUUUUUGUCUAUUGAUUAACUGGGUGUUAGUCACAGAAUUGUCCUUUAUUAUCACUAUUUUAAAAAAGAAAUUCAGCUUUAGCUUUGUGUCAAUAUGCUGCUAAAUAAGCAUACACAUUUUGUUAUUGCAACAUUCUUAAUUUAGUCUAUUAUCAAAAAGUAGACCUAGUAAUGACAUGAGUGUUGUUAAAUUCAGCACAGAAAAUGUUUGUGCCGUGUGCUUAGCUCUAGACAGCAAUUCAGGCUUUGUUUUUCCAGUAAGAUUGAACACUGGGGGGUGAUGAUUCUAGCUGGAGACUUGCCUCAAGUAUACCCACAGGUAAGGUUGUUGAGAAGGUUGGAUGUGCACUUUGGAUUCUUAGCCUUCGUCUGCUCUACAAAUAAAAUAUUGACUGAUACAGUCUAUAGCAACAUAUACCUUCUACCUGUCUAGUCAAGAAGAAUCUUACUAUCUUUCUAGAGAAAUAUCUACUAUCUUCUUGCCAUGAGAUAAAGGCAAGAGUUGAAUACUUUUAUAGCUGCUCUUUUCUUUAUGUAUGGUAAAAAAAUAUAGAGUGUAAAAUAAUAAUAUAGGGGUUUUAAAAUAUUUUUCAAAGUGCUCAUGUAAUGGUAUUAAUGAGAAAUUAAAAUGUUUUGCCUUGAUGUUAAUGUGGAUAGUGAAUUUAAUGUUUGAAAAAAUUACAAUUCCGAGAUAAAACAGAUUUUCUUUCUUAGUGUCAGAACCGCUAUUAACAAUAAUUGCAUUACUAGAAGAAAUAGAUCUCAUUAUAGGCAGAAUUAAAGAUACUCAGUAAAAUUUUAAAAGCUCGGUCGCCUAAAUAAAUUUGUAAAAACUUCCUAGAACUUCAUUGUUGCCUUGAAAGGACACAUUUUAGAGUGCCUUGGACUUUUUAAUAACACCAAAGUAGAAUAAUAUUUAGAUAUUUAGACUUCCAUAGAAAGUACAAGGAGAAGGAUAGGUGUAUCUCCUUGUGCUUUCCAGAAUGGAUCAGACAGGAACAUAAAGGCACUGCCUUCUUGGAACUGCUGCAGAGACCAGUAAGUCCAGAGCAAAUUGCCAAGGCAGAUUGAGCCGUGCCAUUGUUUCACACAUUACACUUUCCAAGGGCAAAUAAAUAGUUCUUUCUCUAAAAGUCUGAAUAUAGGUCUAGGACAAGGCCUUCUGCAUCCUUGUUCUCACAUUACAAUGGUGCCUUAGCAUUGCACUACGCGUAUCUGGAGGCCUUGAUUUCUGUGCUGUGUUAACAUGUCAUAUUUCUUAUGCAUACAAAACCUCUAAGACUAUAAGUCUUCAGGGAAGUCAGGAGAGGCUUUGUGAGACUGGACAGUGGGACUGGAUUGUAAAUUGCUUCUAAUUCUCUAAUGUUGAUAACAAAUUCUCCUUAAUGUUUGUCCUGUUGCUGUGGAGCUUGGUACUUGAAUCCAGUGUUGUUAAUAAUACAAAGUAUGGUUGCGACAGUGCCUGUGAGUAUAUACUAGACAAGUUCUAUUUUUUUUCACAAAAAUGAAGAAUUAUGUACUUUUUGAGUGCAUUUGUAUAAAUACUCCAGUAAAAAAUACAAAAGAAGAACUUUGCAGAGCUUGUUUAUUCACUGCUACUGGUUUCAAGAUAUCAGCUCUCCCUUCAGUAGCAGUUGUAAAGUUUACUGGGAAACCCGUCCACUUCCUUUUAAAACAGCAUGAUGUUGGACUGAUGUUCUCGCACUGCAGCCUAAAGAAUAUUAACUAGAAACAUCAGCGUGUUAUCAAUAUUAUUCUCAUCCUAAAUCCAAAACACAACACUAUACCAGCUAGUAGGAAGAAAAUUAGCUUUAUCCCAGCUGACUCCAGGGCAAAUAUAUAUAAUAGGAAAAAAACCUGAAGAAGCCUUACUCUACCUGUGGUGAUGAUGGACAGAGAGCCAAGAAACUGUGUUUCAGUCAUUUUUGUUGGGCUGUCUUCCAUUAUGGGCAUAUGAGAUCAGGCAAAGAUUCAUGCUGCACAGUACUCGGAAGGGUGUAACCCACGGCAACAGUCCAAAACCCCGUGGGUAGGAAAAGACGAUUAUGUCAUUCUUGUAUCUGCCUGAAAGCCAGAACCACAUGGAAUGGAAUUACCAAGAAAGUCCAGAGAGGUUGCUGAUUUCAUAACCUUGGAAAACAGAGCUUAAAAUUAGAAGUACAGGCACAGAUGCCUUAAAAUUCCUCAGGACCCUGCCAGCAAGUUAAUAAUCUUAAAUGUUUCAGAAGCUGAGGACAUGAAAAGUUUUGUGAAGGACUGGAAAGCAGUUUCCUUCUUUUUUUUUGUAUGUCUGUAUUCUGUAAUGAACUAUAUUAAAAGAACAUAAAUUUGGUGGUUUCAAAAAAAGCAAGUACAGAUUUAGAGUACUUUAAGCGACAAGAUUCCAGUAGCAAUUCUGGGAACACUUUUGUGCAUGUGUGUAUAUGCAAACACAAACAUACAUGUAUAUGUAUAC